CUAGUGGCCAGCCUGCAGCCUCCCGCAGAAUGUCGCAGUCCUAUGACCAGACGAAGGAUGUGGGAGACGAACCUGGCUCACGGGGAAAACGAAAGAGGGGAGAGGCAUCGACCUCUCCUGCGAGUCGAACAAAAGAGGCGAGGGCCGACGCCGUCAAUGAAGCUUGCGGAGCGUUGACGGCAUCACAGGAAGCGCGGGCUCCUCGGAAAACUGGUGGGGGGGGACGAAGUGGCAACCUUGGGGGCGGUCGCGGAGGCGGUAGGAAAGGCUCGCAGAGGUCCAGGGCACCUGAGCUGCAGGACUCGGGGGAUGAGGGCGAGGGGGUGGGCCCUCGCAUGCCCGAGGACAUUGAAGAGUUGGUUCAGCACGCCGCGCCCGUGGACACGACACAAUGUUUCUUCCUCGAAUACGACGAACAGGGCUUCGCGAGGCAAGAUGUCCAAGUUGUUAACGUCGACGUUAAUAGGAUCAAACCCAUUCCUCGUGGGAAGAUCCUAUUUAACCACCGUUCGUUGUCUGAGAAUAUUGUGAGAGGCAUCAAGAGUGUCAUAGAAAGCUCCAUCAGUGUUGACCCGGGGGUGUGGGAUAGACCUGAGCUCGUUCUUGCGCCGGUUGACCCCAACGUCACCAUCGGGGGGCAGGGAAGGCGAAUCACGCCGGACGAGUUCUUCCAAACAGAUUCUGGUGAGUUCGACUGGUACGCUGUCUGUGGUCAGCAUACUGCCGAGACCAUGAAGCGGUUGGUUGGAAAGGACUCCCCCGCCGUCAAAGUCUACGGCCUCCGCACGUACUCUAAAGUGCGAGUCAUUUUUUUCGAUGAUGACCACACACGCGGGUACUUCAAUGUCUCCCUCUUCGACAACACACGGGAGAAUCGUGCCAUGAUGUUAUCCUUCCAGAACGCUGUGCGUGAUAUGCGGCAAUGGUGGAUCGAUAACAACAGGAUCGAGGCACCCAAAGCUAAGGUUAGCGAGAAGGAUGUCGUCGCCGUUGCGCAUCAGAAAAUGUGGCAGAACUUCCUGAGGGUCUGCAUGGGGAAGACGUGCGACAAGGCAUUCGUGAAGCAGGCUCUCGACAACGAAUACAACAAGGAUUGGAGUAACAAACUUCGGGGGUACCUGAACCUCGCCAUGUCCACCCGCACGGUUUGGCCGCUGGUGGAGAAGUUCUUCGCGAUGUUCGAGGAGGGUAAGCUGCCAAUCGGCGACGGCAAGAUCCCACUUGAGAUGCUGGGGAGGAUGGAGGGGCGCCUGCCCGGCCCGUACACUGACGAGAACAAGGGACAACGGACUUUGUACCACUGCAUAUAUGCGAGAGAUGGUCCCAAGGGCUCCACCGUGUCGUGGAAGGAUUUGUGUCCUACAUACUUCAAGAACUUCGGGGACAUGACAUGCCGCAAGAGAGAAGUCGCGCUACUCCUGCUCAUGUCGGGGAAAGUGGUGGCAACAAAAUUGAGAGUCACGCCUCCGAGGGUGAACACAGAGUGCCUCCUCGACAUUAUGCGCAAGGAGAGAUACAUGGUCCGCAUGUUCAACUACGUCAUGUUUCGCGCCGAGGGAAGGACAGGGGACGAAUGGAACGACGACUUUUUCAUGUCGUACAAGGACCUGGAAGAGAGGUAUGCUUCAAACGGGUUAUGCGCAGAUGAAUGAGAGAAGCAACGGGAGAAGCUGCAUAGCAACUUAGUGAAGACGAUCGCUCAGCGACUUGGAGGAGUGGAGGAGGCAAGGCAAGGUGCGGGCUUGGGGCCUACAGAAGUAAUGUACAAGGAGGCUCCGUUUCACUUCAAAGUCUUUAUAUACACCACGAGACACAGACUCUGAGGAUGAGGAAGGGAAGAACGAGUCGGGAAUCGAUGUCGACAUGUUCAAGAAGAAUCUAUCUGGAGAUCUUUUAGGAGAAGCUAAGCAGACAAUAGCACAGGAGGUGAGCAGAGGACUGUACAACAAAUCAAGCAAGAGUGA